UUUAACAAAAUAUGGAUAAAGUAGUUUCUGUUGGAAAUCGGCAUAAAAUCUAUGAAUUAUGUAAAACAUUAUUAAGCGGAAAAUGGGCUCAAAUUAAUGAGAGUGAGCUCAUUAUAAAAUCAAAUACCGAUGGGUUCACGAAUCAGUUAUUUUAUUGUUUUCUACCCGAAAAACAUAAUAAAACAAAAUAUAAUAAAAUAGUGGUCAGAAUGCAGGAUGCUAAUGAGUACCAAGAAUAUUUUAAUCCGACACAUGUGUUGUCAAUGGGACUGCUAUUAUCGGCCAAAGGGUUGGCACCAAAAAUAUUAGGUGUUUUUGACUCUGGGAUUAUCAGUGAAUUCAUUGACGGUCGGUAUUUCAGUGCCAGUGAUGACCACAACCCCCGAGCGGUCGAAUUGAUAGCCCAAAACGUGGCCAAACUUCACUCAUCGGAAAUGCCUAUCCCUAAGGACAGUACCCAACAGUUAAUGACUAAUGUGUUUGAGGUAUGGUUUGACGAGAAACUAAUGAAAUCAAUCCGGGAGGGACUGGUAUACGACAUGAUACAGAAACAUAAAUACGAGACAUUUCUAGCGCUGGAUCUGUUGGAUGAGAUGUCAUGGCUGAGGCAGACUAUCCAAGAGCUCAAUAGUCCGGUUGUCUUCUCGCACAACGACUUCAACCGAAAGAAUAUAUUAAUUCGCGAAACAAAUGACAAGAAUUCACAGAAUUUGGACUUAUUUUUCAUAGACUUUGACUUCUCGUCGUACGCCUAUCGGGGCAUUGAUUUGGGAUAUUAUUUCAGUAGUUGGGGUCAAAAGGAGACCCAAUUUGGUUACGGAGUAUUCCCGACUGACUCGCAAAUGUUACCCUUUAUUAACGCAUAUAUUGAGGAAAUGACUACAAUUUAUGGCAAUUCUUACGUUGAAAAUGAAAUGAAUUCACGCGAAAGACUUAUAUUUGAGGCCAAAGUGUUUGCUUUAUAUGCAUUUAUGGUUGAUCUGCUAUUUUGUAUUUACCUGGCUGAUAGUAAUAAGAAACCAGAUGAAAUGAUAAACGCCGAAAAGAGUUACGGUUCAAAGAGAGUGUCGGCAAAAGACAUUGGAUUCUAUUGUUAUGAUAUGUUUCUCAUGAAUAACACGGAAUUCAAGGAAUAUGUCGUUGAUAAAAACAAAGACAAACCACAAGAGUAUACGUAUCUAAUAUCCAAAUCCACCCAGAGUAUCUGUAUAUAA